AUGGCGGGCAAAAUGGUCUUGUACAAGCUGGUGGUGCUCGGCGAUGGAGGUGUAGGGAAGACAGCCUUGACAAUCCAGCUAUGCUUGCAGCAUUUCGUGGAAACGUACGACCCUACCAUUGAGGAUUCAUAUCGGAAGCAAGUCGUGAUCGACAACCAAGCCUGCAUGCUUGAGGUUCUCGAUACCGCCGGACAGGAGGAAUACACAGCCCUGCGAGACCAAUGGAUCCGAGACGGCGAGGGGUUUGUCUUGGUCUACAGCAUCUCAUCCCGCUCAUCCUUCUCGCGCAUUAAGAGAUUUCACCAUCAGAUCCAACGAGUCAAGGAGUCUUGCGCAAACUCGCCCUCUUAUCCCGGAUCGCCCAUAUCGGCAGGACUGCCGCAGGCGCCUGUGCCCAUCAUGCUGGUGGGCAACAAGAGCGACCGAGUCACAGAGCGCGAGGUUUCCACACAAGAGGGGCACGCCCUUGCCCGAGAAUUAGGCUGCGAAUUCGUCGAGGCCUCUGCCAAGAAUUGUAUAAACGUCGAGAAGGCGUUCUACGACGUCGUCAGAAUACUGCGCCGCCAGCGACAAAUUGCCGCCAGGCCCGUCCCUGCUGCAGCUGGAGGCGGCCGUCGACCACAAGGUAAUGGCGAUAUUGGCCGACCGCCGAGGGACGCGGAGCGCUACCGCAGAAGGGACCGGAAGUGCGUCAUAUUAUGA